GCAAUCGGGAGGUUUAAACACUGUUACCGCGGACACUUGUUUCCACGCUGACCUGGAAAAUUGUCCGUUCCAUAUCCAACAACUCUGAAUGUUCGUGCUAAACGCGAAGAUAAAUCUAAGACCUGCCAUCAGACAAAUAUUGAGAAAAAUGAUCAAUGGAUUGUUAGAGGAAUCCACAAAUCCCUUGAAGCGGGUCUCUGAAUACUCUUUAGAUGAUAGCGAGGCAAAAAAGGCAAAGCCAGAUUUCCAGAGGGUAAAAAAAUGGAAAUAUGCUGUUCUGCUCUCUUACUCUGGGCAGGGCUACUUGGGGUUGCAAAGGAACCCUGGGCAAAAGACAAUAGAAGAAGAACUUUUUAAAGCACUCCUGGCAGCAAAUGUGAUAAAUGAAGAAGCUUAUAAUCAACCCAAAAUUCUGGAUUUUCAAAGAGCCGCUCGGACCGACAAGGGUGUUUCAGCUGUUAGACAGGUCCUUUCUGUCAAGCUCCCCACAGAAGUAAGCUUAGAAUCAGUGAAUUCCCAUCUGCCUGACCAGAUAAGGAUGGUAGCAUUAAAAAGAGCCACAAAAGGAUUCAAUUGCAAGGGAAAUUGUGAUGCUAGAACUUAUUCUUACAUGAUGCCAACUUUUGCCCUGGCGCCAAAAGAUGUGUCAGUCAGUCCGGAUUAUAGGGUGACACAAGACAUUUUAGAAAAAACACAAGCGGUUCUGCAGACAUACGUUGGAACUCACAAUUAUCACAAUUUCACUUCUAAAAAAAAGCCUUUAGACCCGAGUGCAAUGAGAUAUAUAAUAAGUUUCGUCUGUGAGGAGCCAGUUCUGUGUGAAGGAAUGGAGUUUGUGAUUUUGAAAGUAAAAGGCCAAAGUUUUAUGCUUCAUCAAAUUAGAAAAAUGGUUGGACUUGCAAUUGCCAUUGUGAGGGGAUAUACAACAGAAGAAACUAUUAAGAAAGCAUGGGGAGAAGAAAGAUUGGACCUUCCUGUGGCACCCGGAGCUGGUUUGGUUUUAGAAGAGGUGCAUUAUGACCGUUACAACCAAAGGUAUGGUCAAGAUGGCAUACACGUUGAAAUUGAAUGGUCGAAAGAGAAAGAACAACUUGAAGAAUUCAAGAAAACGUUUAUCCUAUCCUCAAUCGUUAAAUCGGAGAAGGAAGAAAAUUCUAUGGCAACAUGGCUGGAAACGCUUCCUAUGCACACCUUUGAUAUUAGAAAUGUACAUCGACAUCAAAAACCUAAAGACGAUGAAGAAGAAGAAGAAGAAGACGGUGUCAGCAGAGAAUCCAACUCUGACGAUUCGAGGAACAUUGUUUGACAUGUGUUGUGUAUAAAUUUUAUUUUAUUAGCAUUUGUACAUCGUUUAAAAUAGAACUUUUUUAAACAGUU